UACGUCACCACCAACGAUUAUAUCCUCCUUAAAUUCCAACCUUCCACCAACAACAGCAAACAAAAAAAGAGCUAGUGUCUGGACAUUUCCAAUUACAGAUAUGGCUGAAUUAGAAUGCACUGAAAGCUCUAUUGCAACCACUAUAUCCUCGACACCAAACUGGUGGCCAGACCUCCAUGCAAACUCUCUCUCAUCAUGGAGUAGUAGCACUACCAACACCAACCAAUGGCACCCUCAAAACCCUAAUUCAAACUCUUCUUGUGAGGAGGAUGUUUCCAUCUCUACAUCUUUUACUAAUGCUUCCAAUCACUCCGGCCUAAGCGUCGACUCCUCUAGACGGUUCAUUGAGUCUGCUCCGGCCAAUGAGUUAAUCGGAGAAGCAGCUUCAGAUAAUCAUCUAUGGAGCCAUGUUCUCUUAAGUGUGGGAAGCAGUGGAGAAUUGCACAACAGUCAGGAUGUUAGAGAGAACUUACUGGACAUAGUACCACCCAAGAAUUUAUCUACAGGGAUGUUUGAGCCUGCCUUUGACUACUUGAAGAAAAUGGACAACAGUUGGGAAUUCACAAAUCCUUCAUCUUUCAACAAUUUCGAAAAGCAAUUUAAUGGAUUCAAUGAAACCCUAAUCGAAAGCGAAAGGCUAAACAAGCUCUCAAAUUUGGUCAGCAACUGGUCUCUUGCACCUCCAGACCCCGAAGUCAAUCACCAAUUUGAUCCUAAUAAUUGUCAUAUGAAGCAAACAAUUAGUAGUGAUUCAACAAUAUCAUGCAAAGGAGACAUAAACCGGAAUUUCGGAUCGCUUCCGUGUUAUGGUCAUGAUAUGAAGGUCGAGAAUGAACUGCAAGAGGUUGAGGCACCUAAUGGGGCUUUGUUUAGAAGGUCGUUUAACAGUUCUAAUGGGAUUGGGUAUCAAAUGGGACUUAACAACUCAGUAGUAGGAGAUAACAUGAAAUACUAUUAUGGAAUGCCAGAUGUGCCAUGCACUAAUGCAAGAAGUUUUGCAGAUGUUAUUUCUUUUGGAAGUAACUGUUUAAGCAAGCCAUUAGUGGAUAUUCAUGCACCCAAACCCAAUUUGAAGUCCUCGAAUUUGUCUGAUUGUAAGAAGCAGGACAUUCAAAAUUCUCCCCAAUUUCAGCAGCCAACAAUAUCAAAAUGUCACACACUAACAAGAAACAAUGGAAGAGGCCAGGGGAUUACAAAUGAAGGGAAGAAGAAAAGAAGUGAAGAGAACUCAGACACAGUCCAAAAGAAGCCUAAGCAAGAGAGUUCCACAGUCACAUCAGUAAAGAUGCAAGGUCCGAAAGUGAAACUUGGGGACAAAAUCACUGCUCUUCAGCAAAUUGUAUCACCGUUCGGGAAGACAGACACUGCAUCUGUGCUGUGGGAAGCAAUUAAUUACAUAAGGUGUCUACAAGAGCAAGUACAGCUAUUGAGCAACCCUUACUUGAAGACUAAUGCAAGCAAGGAUUCAUGGGGAGGCAUGGAUAGAAAAGACAGAGGGGAAGCAAAGCUUGACCUCAAGAGCAGAGGUCUUUGUUUGGUUCCAAUUUCAUGUACCCCUCAAGUUUAUCGUGAUAACACUGCGGGAUCAGACUACUGGACACCAGCAUACAGAGGGUGUUUGUAUAGAUGAAAUAGGUCGAGUGUUUAAUUACUAUAUAUAAUUUGUAUUUAUUAGGAUCAAUAUUGUAGCUUUAUGAGCAUAAGUGGCAAAAACAAUAAUUGCUCAAGAGAAAAGUCUAAUAGCCUUAGAUUGAUCAUAAUUCCAUGGUUAAUCCCGUAACUUCUUUGUUUGAGCUA